AUGUGCCACAGGGAACCAGGACUAUCCAAAAUUCUAUUUCUCGCUAAGCAACAAGCCAUCGCAGCAUGUGAGGAGGCCUUUCAAUAUGACAGAUGGAACUGUUCUCUCAUUUUCAAUAGAAAGGUCAAAAGAGGAGUUUUUAAAAGGAUAUUUAGAGAAACAGCAUUUAUAUACGCACUGGUCGCAGCUUCAAUAACACAUACAGUAGCAAGAGGCUGUUCCUCAGGAGAGCUCUCCAAGUGUUCUUGCUUAGUUAGCUUUCAAAAUGCUUCCACUCAAAUGCGAGGAGGGUGUGGCGAUGACUUCAAAUAUGGAAAACGAUUCACGAAGAACUUUCUUGAAUGGAAACAAGCAGGUUCAGACCAAAUAGCAGAAAUUUUAAAACAGGACGUGAUAGUUGGUAUCGACUCUAUCGGUGAACAGCUUAGGGAAGUUUGUAAAUGUCACGGUUUUUCUGGCUCUUGUACUACAAAAACCUGUUGGAAGAGAUUGGGACCUUUUAACUCAGCCAUGGGACUAUUGAAAAAACACUACCAUCACGCGACUAAGAAAAAAUUUGUGAACUACACGACAAAACGUGCAAUAUCGCCAUAUUUGCGGAGAAAGUUACAGAUGGACAGAAAAAACUUGAUCUACUUACAAAAAACGCCUAAUUUAUGUUUGAGUACUAAAGGCCGAAGUUGCAAAGAUAGGAAUAAUUGUGCCACACUAUGCUGUGGAAGGGGAUUUAUUGUUGUAAAGAAAUCGAUAAGCAUACGAUGUAAUUGUAAAAUGGUGGAAUGUUGUGUUGUUAAAUGUGAAACUUGCGUAAAAGAGGUUGAGUUUUUUACAUGUAAG